AAUUGAGACUGUUGGAUAUAUGGUCUGGCACUUGUAUUAGGUCUCACUUAAAUAUCAGGACACGACACUGCUGGGCACCAGGUCUCCCGCAGCCGUCUCUCUCCGGGUUGGCUUCGGAAUAGGAGCUUUCCUGGGCUUGGAAAGGGCUCCCGUUCUGCCGGGGACUUUGGUUAGAAGGGAGAUCCCCGCCCCUCGGCCUCGGCCACGGCCACCGUGGUCUGAUUUCCCCACCCUUUCCCCGGGCCUUACUCACGGCCAUUGUUGCUGUACCCUCCGUGCGUGCGUGGGCCCUCUGCUUCCCCAUCACGCUGCGUGGGUUCAAAGAACGAGGUCAUCCAUGCGUCCCUUGUCUGACCUUUAACCCUAGCCGUGGGGGUUGGGCUCGUUAGUCCUGGACACGCGCGAUCCCCUGAUGAGAGCGCGCGACGACCGACCGUUGGCGGGGUCGGCAGUGCGGUUUCUCCGGCUGAUGGGGAAGAUGUCUGAGAAACUGAGGAGAUGCAGAAAGGAGCUGACUGCAGCCAUCGACCGGGCCUUUGAAGGAGUCAGCCAUUCCCAGGAGUGCUCGGGCCGCCCGCGGGUGGAGCCCGACGCCGCCCCGCUCUCCUUCCCCCUCCCCGUGCACCGGCUCCUCUGCCGGAGGCACCCGCUGGUAGCCUGCUCUUCUGCGGCUCCAUUCUCUCCCAUCCCUGGCGCUCUGGAGAAUGAGAACGUGGCUUUUGCACCAAACCAUGCCCCCGUGAAUGCAAAGCCCCAGGCGCUCUGCCCCAAAAGAAACCCUCUGAGCAGCAAGGAAAACAUCCUGGUGCGUUCCUCCAUUUUGGCACCCGAAAGACAGUUUUGGCGAGCAGCAGGAGAUGGAGAGAACUGGAAAAAAGACAGUCUAAGGAAUGAUACAGAGAAGGAUGUGAAAGUUGACACAAGCAUCCCACUCAGUGGUUCCAGCCAAGAGGUUACAAAGGAUCUGCUUGAUAUGAUUGACCAUACAAGCAUCCGAACUAUUGAAGAAUUGGCUGGUAAACUAGAAUUUGAAAACGAGUUGAACCGUGUGUGUGGCCACUGUGAAGAUUCGCCUUUCAAGGACGAAGCCUGGGCCUUGCUGGUGGAUGAGAGCCCUCAGAAGGCCCCGGACGCAGACUCUGGCGGCCUCAGGCAGGCUUUCGAUGACCACAAUAUCGUGGAGACUGUUCUGGACUUGGAAGAGGACUACAAUUUGAUGACCUCUUUUAAAUACCAAAUUGAUUCAUCUUGGCAAGCCAAACAAUCACUGGAUUGUUUCCGUGGAAACACCAAACUGCAGUUUGGAUUAGCAGAAUCAAAAUAGAAACAAGGCAGCUUCAAGAAUAAAUAGGAGCUUUGGAACCGGCUAGUCGCCAACUGCAAGUUCAACUUCCAGCACAAGGCAUGUGAGAAGCUGGGCCCAUCCAGUUCUGUAAGGAGGGGUUUCCAGGUCCUCUGGCUGCAUCCUGCCUGCAGGGUCGAGGCCAAAAUCACUAGAAACCGGCUCUGUCAGUGUAUUGGUAAACUUUGUGACAAAACUUAGGGCAGGAGGUGGUCUGCAGAAGCAAGGAGAGGCUGGGAACUGGAGGAAAAGACGGGAGAAGGGACAGGAAGGAGAAGAGAUGAGUAAAUGCCAAGUGAAGGUCCAGCAGAGAGCAGAGGCCACAGCUGAGGCUUGAGAGUAGAGCACCAGUUCUUUCAAGAGGACGAUUCAAGGGUGGCCAAGGACUGGAAACAGUGACCCCGCCCUCAGCCCCUUCCAGAUUUCAGUGUUUCCCUACAUUCUGGGCCUGGCUGUCUAGCCACAGAGAUCAAGACUAGAGCCUGAAUUCUUGCCAGGUAAGCUCUGGGGCACUGAUGGUCAGUAAGCGUCUGCCUCAGUGUGGCUCCAGCCAGCAUAAUCAGGCACACAAGCUUACCUUCUCAUCUCUAAGUCUCAGGGCUG